ACCUAGAAUAAACGUUAAUUAUUGAAAGCUAUAUUGCCAUGUAUAGUAUCUGUUUAUUCUUUUGGCUAAACUAUCUGUUUGAUUAAGAUACAUAAUGUAGAAACUAGCUACCUUUUUACUCGAAAGUAGAUAUUUCACUUUGUACAGUACUGAUUAAAACUUUUUAUUUCGUUUACAGAAACAGCCUUAAUUUCAAAUUCAAUGAAUCAAGACAAUCAUCCAUGUUUCAAGUGUAUAUGUUUAUAUAAAUUCACCUAGUAGUGAAAGUACAUACUCCUUCAUCACUUUACAGAACAGAGAUAGAAAAUGCUAAGCUCUCUCAAAGUCACAGAACCUAAACCCAAUUCUCCGGAGCAGAAGUUUGAGUCCAACAUCGUCAUAUCCGAUGAAGAAGGCGUGGAGGAAAACGACAGCCCAAUAGAAGAAGUCCGGUUAACCGUACCGAUAACCGACGAUCCAUCUCAGCCAGUGUUGACAUUCCGUACGUGGUUCUUAGGAAUGUCCUCGUGCGUGGUACUCGCGUUCGUGAACAUCUUCUUCGGUUACCGGUCGAACCCGCUCAUGGUAUCCUCAGUCGUGGCUCAGAUCGUGACUCUCCCACUAGGGAAGCUCAUGGCCACGACUCUACCGACGAGGAAAUUCCGGUUACCCGGUACGAGUUGGUCCGGUUCGUUGAACCCUGGACCGUUUAACAUGAAAGAACAUGUGUUGAUCACUAUAUUCGCUAAUACGGGAGCUGGAGGAGCUUAUGCGACUAGCAUCAUAACCAUUGUUAAAGCAUUUUAUCACCGGAAUCUCAACCCCACCGCCGCCAUGUUGCUUCUGCAAACCACUCAGCUGUUGGGGUAUGGAUGGGCUGGUAUGUUCAGGAAGUUCCUAGUGGAGUCACCGUACAUGUGGUGGCCUUCAAAUCUCGUUCAAGUCUCUCUCUUUAGAGCCUUACAUGAGAAGGAGGAGAAGCGUGAAGGCCAACAAACAAGGCUUAGAUUCUUCCUAAUAGUCUUCUUCUUAAGCUUCGCUUACUACAUCAUCCCUGGCUACAUAUUCCCUUCAAUCUCAUCCCUCUCCUUCCUCUGCUGGAUAUGGAUCCGCUCUGUCACGGCUCAACAAAUCGGUUCAGGGCUUCAAGGUCUAGGCAUUGGCUCGUUUAGUCUCGACUGGUCAGUAGUUGCAGGCUUCUUAGGCAGUCCUUUAGCCGUUCCCUUCUUCGCUAUAGCCAACUUCUUUGCUGGAUUCCUCAUCUUCUUCUACAUUGUCCUUCCUAUCUUCUACUGGAGCAACGCUUACGAUGCAAAGAAGUUUCCUCUCUUUACCUCUACUACAUUUGAUCACACCGGUCAGAAGUUUAACACCACCCGCAUCCUCAACCAGAAAACGUUUGAUAUCAACCUUGCCGCGUACGAAAGCUACAGCAAGCUUUACCUUAGCGUUGUGUUUGCUCUCAUCUAUGGACUCAGCUUUGGUACUCUUACUGCAACUGUUUCUCACGUUGCUCUCUUUGAUGGAAAGUUUAUCUGGGGGAUGUGGAAGAAGUCAACAAAGGCUGGAGAUGUUCAUACAAGACUGAUGAAGAAGAACUAUAAAGAAGUACCUCACUGGUGGUUUGUUACGGUUCUCUUUCUCUCCUUUGUGUUAGCUCUUUACGCAUGUGAAGGAUUUGGCAAACAGCUUCAGCUUCCAUGGUGGGGACUUCUACUCGCUUGUUCCGUUGCCUUCACCUUCACGUUACCUAUAGGAGUUAUCCAAGCCACCACAAACCAGCAAAUGGGUCUUAACGUUAUAGCGGAACUGAUCAUCGGUUACUUGUACCCGGGGAAACCACUAGCUAAUGUGGCUUUCAAAACAUACGGUUAUGUCAGUAUGUCCCAAGCCUUGUCUUUCGUUGGAGACUUCAAACUUGGUCAUUACAUGAAGAUUCCACCGAGGUCUAUGUUUCUUGUUCAGCUUGUUGCCACCAUGGUUUCCACAAUUUUGGUUUAUUUUGGUUUAUCAUUAUUUAUUGGUUUAGUUAAAUGUAUAUAUUACAUCCGGUUUGUCCCGGUUAGCUGA